ACGGGCUGUGUGGUAAACACGGUGCACGGCUGCAUCCGUGAGCGCGGGUCUGGCCCUUUCGGGAAUUAUAUGUUUUUACUCAUUUAGUUGUUCUAGAAAGGUUAUUUCUCUCCAACUUCAGCUACAGUGAUAGCUAAGUUUGGAGAGGAGAGAAGGGAAUAUUCGUGUUUUGCCCAGGAAAUAUUUGUAUCGAGGAUUUACUUUGCCUGUUUAACCCGAAACCUACAAAACAAUCUAAUUCUUGACAAAACCGAACAAAUAUAAUCGAUAUAUAACGUACAAUGGACAGCGCUGGAUCUAAGAAACCUUGCUGUGAAAGAGUUCACGAAUUCUUCACGUCUGCAAAAUUCCUCAUUUACCUCGGACAUGCUCUGUCAACAUGGGGGGAUCGGAUGUGGAAUUUUGCUGUGGCUGUGUUUUUGGUGGAGCUGUAUGGCAAUAGUUUACUCCUGACAGCCGUGUAUGGACUGGUGGUUGCGGGGUCCGUCCUCUUACUGGGCGCUAUUAUUGGUGACUGGGUGGACAAAAACCCCAGGCUGAAAGUGGCGCAGACAUCUUUGGUUGUCCAGAACAGUGCUGUCAUUCUCUGCGGUGUCCUUCUGAUGGCCGUUUUCCAGUUUAAAGAACAGCUUUCUACCAUGUAUGACGGAUGGUUGCUGACAACAUGCUACAUAAUGGUCAUCACCAUUGCUAACAUCGCUAACCUGGCCAGCACAGCCAUGUCCAUUACCAUCCAGAGGGACUGGGUUGUGGUUGUGGCAGGAGAUGAUCGGAGCAAAUUGGCAGAUAUGAACGCAACUGUAAGAAUAAUCGACCAGUUAACCAACAUUCUGGCUCCAAUGCUUGUGGGCCAGAUCAUGUCGUUCGGUUCCCAUUUCAUCGGCUGUGGGUUUAUCUCGGGUUGGAACCUGUUCUCCAUGUGCUUGGAGUACUUCCUGCUUUGGAAAGUUUAUCAGAAGACUCCAGCACUUGCCUUCAAGGCAGGACAGAAGGAAACUGAUGACCAGGAACUGAAGCAUCUUAACGUACAAAAAGAGAUUAGAAAUAGUGAAAGUCCAGUUGAAGGCUCCAAGCUGAUGAAUGAAACCGCUGAGGUGAAGAAGAACACCGGUUGCUGCUACCAAAUGACAGAGCCCAUCCGUACCUUUAAGGAUGGCUGGGUAGCCUACUACAAUCAGUCCAUAUUCUUUGCCGGCAUGUCUCUGGCUUUCCUCUACAUGACCGUUCUGGGCUUCGACUGCAUCACCACGGGCUACGCGUACACUCAGGGCCUGAACGGCUCCGUGCUCAGUCUCCUCAUGGGAGCCUCAGCUAUAUCUGGAAUCUGUGGAACGGUGGCCUUCACCUGGAUCAGAAAGAAGUGCGGCCUGAUCAGAACCGGCUUCAUCGCUGGAGUCACCCAACUGUCCUGCCUCAUGCUCUGCGUGGCAUCCGUCUUUGCUCCUGGCAGCCCUUUCGAUCUCAGUGUCUCGCCCUUCGAAGAGGUCUUAAAACAUCUGUUUGGGGACAGCGGCUCGCUGCGCGAGAGUCCUACUCUUGUUCCUACAAUUGAACCACAGAUUCAGACAAAUGCCACUGUUUUUGAGGAAGCCCCCCAAGUAGAGUCCUACAUGUCUGUCAGUCUACUCUUCGCUGGCGUCAUUGCUGCUAGAAUCGGUCUUUGGUCCUUUGACUUGACCGUGACCCAGCUGAUCCAAGAGAAUGUGAUUGAGUCCGAGAGAGGAGUCAUCAAUGGUGUCCAGAACUCCAUGAACUAUCUUCUUGAUCUCCUGCACUUCAUCAUGGUCAUCCUCGCACCAAAUCCAGAGGCCUUCGGCCUUCUCGUAAUCAUCUCUGUUUCCUUCGUUGCAAUGGGACAUAUGAUGUAUUUCAGGUUUGCCUAUAAAAGCCUCCGAAGUCGACUCUUCCUGUUCUGUUCACCCGAGCAGAAGCCAGAUCCCAAUAUUCCCUCGCUUUCCAACUCCGUAUAACUUUAAAGAGACCGUAAGCCAAUUUCUACUAGUUUCGCAUGCUGUGUUCUUCGAGAACGUCGCCAAGAACCCAUUCCAUCUUUUUUACUAACAUGCAUGCUUUUGCUGCUUGCAGUGUUCACGCAUUGAGUAAAAAUUCUUCUCCAUUAGCUAAAAUAACAAAGAAGAGAAGGAGCUCUCCUUAGCGUAACUUAGAGAUAUGUAUAUGCAUGCAUUACUUCCCUUGUUUUGUGUUCAAGGUGCUGUAAAAAACGGCUAAGAAGUAAUUGUAGGGGGAAACUAUGGUUCUUAUGCGUUAUACAAUGCUUUAAUAACUCUUGUAAAAGCUCCAAAGCAAAAAUGAGCAUAUUUAUUCUACUUUUACACAUUUUAUUGAUUUUUCGACUUUAUCGUCAUAGUUAAUCUUCAGACUAGGUAUCCGAGUUUUGCAAUGCGCUCUACUUAAGAUAGUGUAGUUUUGUAACGUUUGUCCCUCAGUGCUUUUUACGAGUUAUGGUUAAAGUCUCUUUUAUUGUUAUUUGGAGUGUGCUAGUUAUUCAUUCAGUUAUGCAUAUAUAAUGCUUAUAUAUUUAUAUACAUGUAGUCAGUAUUCUGUAUCUCAGCUUCAGUGGUGCUACUAUUACAACUCUUUUGGAAAGCAAUGCAGACAUAUACAGUUUGUACAUGUAACCAAAGUGGAUUUUUUUUUUUACACCAUGUGGAAGUGAGGGAAUUGCAACCGUUUUCCUGUGUUAACAUUCCGAAUAUUAGUGGUGUGAAAAUUUCCUGGAGAUUUAGGCCCAGAUACACUCGCCCCAUUGCAACUAGUUUUUAAGAGCACUAGAUUUUUGUUUGUUUCGUUUGAUUUGAAAGUGAUUUUUAGCACAUAAUUCUUGUUUUUGCAAAGAUUGUUACACAAGCACUUUAUGUGAUUAGCUACACUUUAUCCAUGACAAAAUAAGUGCAACAAGAUACUUCAGGUUUAAGGUGCACGCAAUUAAUUCACUGCCACCAAAGUUCACAGCCAGGCAGGAAUUUUCUCUUGUUGUUCUUCAUGUUUGCUUCAAAAAUAGCUACAAAAAUAGGCUUUUAGAACUAGGUGAAAACUCUAAAACCCUCAUGAUUUUUACUGCCCUUUAAGUGAUGCCACACCUCAGUUUUUCCAUCAUUCAAAUCAUAUGCUAAUCUAGAUGUUCCAGAUGUAAACUUUACAGACCUACGUUAUUAGGUCUAUGAGCCACAAAAGCCACAAUCACUCAGGCACUAACAUCCUUUUGAAAACCACUGCUGGCACAUAUAGAUGAGGUAUUUUGUAAUAGUUGUGUAAUAUUGAUGUUGGACACCAGUAGGACUCCACCAUAUGCAGAAGGGAUUGAGUCCAAUGUGGACGGCUGGUUUGAAGUGCAGCUGGUCACAAAUGCAGGUGCCAAGUCACUGGUUUUUUGACUUAAGUAAGCAUUUUUAAUGUUUCAUGAGGCCCCUCUGAACAUAGUGUCAGUCUUUAAACACUUACUUCAUUACAUCAGUGCAUAUUAUCUGUAUUUCUGUGAAUAUGUAGCCUUAUUUACAUCUGUAAAAUAUUUUUAUAUUCUCGUGUUGACUAGUUUUAUUUGAAUUCAGUUUUGUCCUUCUAUGUAACGCCACAAAGUAGAUCUUGCCCUUUACAAAAUUACAAAAUGGAACACUUUUGCAAUAAAUUGUACUUUUAAAACACAGUUGAAUGUAAUGGAAGAACAAUAUGUACAUUAUUCUUUGUAGGAGCAUAUUGAUUGUUCGUUGUGUGGCAUACUUGCAAUAAUUGUGGUUCACACUCCACAGGGGGAAUAUACAACUUAAGACUUGUAUUGCAUCUCACUUCAACUGAAAUAAACAGAUUUGUAUCAAAAUGCAA